AAAGCCCCGUGGAGCUGUUGUUCCCAGAGAGGAGGAGGACAACCAGACGGACUGCUGGAUUAGAGCAACAAAAGAGAAAGUGCUAUUUAAAAAAAAAGUCUUCUUUGGCUCUCAUCGUUCCCCGCUUUAUUGUUUGGAGUCGUCGCUCUUUCGAGAUCUUUUGCACGGUUUCCGCAGGGCCCAUAGACCGGUAUGGAUUUACCAAAGACUAGACGAGACACGCCGUCUAGUGCUCCACCAAAGUUUUGAUUGUCAUCGCUGACUCUCGACACCGCAGCAGAGGAAAGCUGAACUUUGUCACAGCAUUAGUCGAAAGUGGUGACCGCAUGUGAGGACAUUUGGAGACAACUAUUUUUGUCGGAGCGUCUUUUCGCUGCUCUCUACUACUAUAUCUCUCAUGGGGUGACCCACAUAGAGGUUCAUAGAUGUGACGUGGGUCAGGCAGUGCCCCUCCCAGUCUGGGCCCUCUUCCUGUCCUUUCCUUAAAGGCAAUGAUUAUCGUCUUAGACACUCUGCACAUCUCCACUGUGUGAAUGAAUCUUUGUCGUAAAGCUGCUGUGCUGUGCCACCCUGUCACCAUGAAGAGCAAGUAUUCCCAAUACUACAAUCAGAGCCUGAUCCACUCCUACUAUGCCUUUGCUAAGAACAUGACUGCUCAGGAGCUCGAUAAACGUAUUGAGAAUAAAAAGCAGCUGACCACCCUCAACAUUGUCAUCGUGGUCCUCUGCACCAUCAUCAUACUGGAGAAUCUGCUGGUCCUUAUUGCUGUCUUCCGCAACAAGAAGUUUCACUCUGCAAUGUUUUUCUUCAUCGGUAACCUGGCAUUCUCUGACCUGCUGGCAGGCUCGGCCUACAUAGCCAACAUUUUCCUGUCAGGGUCCAAGACCUUCGACCUGAUGCCUGUGCAGUGGUUCAUCCGGGAGGGAACGGCGUUUAUCGCUUUGGCAGCUUCGGUCUUCAGUUUGCUGGCGAUAGCUACGGAGCGCUAUAUUGCCAUUACAAAGGUGAAGGUGUACGGCUCCACCAAAACGUGCCGCAUGUUCCUUCUGAUAGGAGCUUGUUGGUUCACCUCCAUCCUGCUCGGAGGACUUCCCAUCAUGGGCUGGAACUGCAUCAACAACCUCCCUGAAUGCUCAACUGUAUUGCCACUCUACUCCAAGAAAUACAUCCUCUUCGUUGUCACCAUUUUCAGCCUCAUACUACUUUCUAUUGUCAUCCUCUAUGUGAAGAUCUAUUUGAUUGUACGAUCAAGCCACCAUGAAGCAACCAACUCCCCGGCCUAUGCUCUUUUGAAAACUGUCACUAUAGUGCUGGGUGUCUUCAUCAUGUGCUGGUUGCCCGCUUUUACCAUCCUCCUCCUGGAUUCAUCCUGCAGGAUACAGUUCUGCCCGAUCCUCUCCAAAGCAGACAUCUUUUUUGGUUUUGCCACUCUGAACUCAGCGCUUAACCCUGUGAUCUACACACUGCGCAGCAAGGACAUGAGAAAGGAGUUCCUGCGUGUGUUGUGCUGCUGGGGGGUGCUGCAGAGUGGGCGGCCAUCUGACCGUUGUCUGGUUCCUCUAAAGAGCUCCAGCUCUCUGGAACACUGCACCAACAAAUACGAACACCAGAACACGCCAAUCAUGAAAGAUUGUACCACCUGUGUCUGAAAAGCUGCACCACAUCAGAAUGGUUGAGUGCAUGUGAGUGUAAGGAAGCAGGUGUGUUUAUAUGAGAUCAAAAAGAAAGGCUGUGAUGUGAUCAAGAGACGUAAAUAAAGAAGCGACCAAACUGUGUACGUUGAUGCCUGGGAAAGCUACAAUGUAGACGUUUCCUUAUUACAAUCAGAAUUGUUUGAAUUCACAAUCAGCAUUGACUUGGUGGCAGCCGGUGUUCAAACACAAUGCUUCAAGAGGGAGACAAUUCAGUGGGGAGAACUAUCAGAAAUGUGAAAAUAGCUUUUUCAUGGGUACUCAAACUUGUUACAAAGCCUUUUGUUGUAUAUGACUGUCAACUUUUUUUCUACACAUGUUAACCCCUAUUAAAAGCCAAAAAUUGACACAUAACAUGCAACAUCAAAGUUAUGGUGAGUUGUUUUGGUUGUUUCAGGAACAUCAUCAAUGCAAAGCUUGCAAAGUUGCACUUUGUAGAUUACUUCAGAUAUUGUUGUCCUCAGUGAAACGUUACCAAAUGACUUACCUCUGUUAAUAUAUGUAAAGAUUAGGCCCAGAGAUCCAUCGCCUAUUCUUUACAAAGCUGGAGACAGUAAUCAACUUUACUCAGCACUGCACUCCAAAGGAGCCAAAUUAACACGAGUGCUCCCUCACCAAAACCAGGGCUAUAUAUCCCCUAUAUAACCUUGCUUUAACAUUUGAUUAACUACGACAAACUUACAUAAUCUGCUUACAUUUAAUGCAUGAAAUUCUAACUUAUUUGUAAGUGCUAAUGUAUGUAUGACAUAUUCCAGCUCCAGCUUCCAUCACUAACACCCCUCCCCUCAUAUGUCCUCAUAAUCUGUACCUCUUGCUUUUACUGUUGUCUUUUGUAUCUUAACAGUUUCCUUAGAGGAAGGCCUAAUCAGAAAGCACAUUUCCUGAAGUGAGUUAGCACUGAUGAAUCUUACUCAAUGACAGCUGCACUAACUGGACCAAUGUCCUGACAGUGUUGUAGCAACAUAGCAGCAAUGUGAUGUGUCUGUUUGUGCCUUCUUCUUAGGGAAUUUGGCUGAAUGUAUGUAUGAAGUGUUUGGGGCAGGCGCUCCAUUGUUGACAGUAUUAUUGAUCAUUAUUUUUGAAUUACCAAGUCAUGACUAGCAGAGAGUGGAAUGAACAGGGUAGGUCACUCACUGUGAAGUCUUAAAUAGCACCAUGAACAAAAAAUGUGUUGUAAACAUCAUUGUUUAAUUUGCUAGCCAUAUGUCUUGUGCAGCUAAAGAGGUACACACGUCUCAUAUUUCCAAAGCCUUCCGUAAAAAAAAUGGGAGAAGAUCCGGUUACAAAUGCAUGGAGGGGGGAUCUACCCUCAUGGGAGGUCACCUUCAUCCUCAUCCUCUGACAUCCUACAACAUGUAACUUCCUUCAACCACAGGAAGUCCUGUUUUUCAUUUUCCGGUUCCUGUUGUUCAGGGUUACACUAACCGUCUUCCUGUAGCCACACAAUUAAAAACUAUUCUCUCCCCCAGUGUUUUAUAUAUGGACUUUUACAUUUAGACAACCAAGUAGAAAUGGUGAAAAGCACUUUGGCAGCUUCAAUGAUGUUUGCUUUCCCCCAGUUUGUUUUUUUCAGAUGGAGAGGUUUUUGAAUCUGUGUACCUAUCACUUCAUUGUGUUGCUUGACUCUAUGAUGUUUAUAAUAAAUACAUGAAUAACUAUGUAUGUUUGUAUGUAAGUAUGUAUGUAUUUUUGUACAAUAUGUAUGAUGUGUGUUGUAUGAAAUGUCUCGUGUGCAAUAGCCUUUUGUGUCCAGUAGCACGCUGCCUGUGUUAAAUCGGUACAAUCUGAAACACUAAUGUAGGUACAUAAACUUUUUGUUAAUUGCAUUCCGUUUUUUUAUAAAAUAAAUGAAAUAAAUAAAUCCA